UUCUAGUUUCUUCUAAUUAACCGUUUCUAACCCUAAUCCCCUCUUCCCCUCUUCCCCUCUGCGCCGAAUCAACCUAAUCUUUUAGUUUCUUCUUCACGCCGGCGUUCUUCGAUCUCACCGGCUGUCUGCGUCGAUAUUUCCUCCGGUCUGCGUCUCUCUCAGUCUCCCUAUCUCUCUCGAAAAUCUUACCCGAAAACAUGUCUUAUGCGGAUUUUCGAGCCAGUUCUCUCCCAUCUUCUUCAUCUCAUGGGUUUGGUUCCCCGGUUACCCAAAGAACAAGUGUCCCUCCUCCACAGCCAGCUCCCACAUCAAACAUCGAGGAUAGGUUACUGAACGAGCUGUUGGUGGCACCAGGACGGGAGUGUCUUCCUAAGCUGAGCCCAUAUAGAGAACCAGAUACUAGCUGGUUUAGGGAAAGAAACCGCAAUUUAAUUUGCAAGUCCAUUUUGAAAUGCUUUCACACUCUGCUUGAAGUGCCUUAUCCAACUUAUGCACAUGUUCCAUUAGAAAUUCAGAAGAUGUGGCUCCGUUCAUUUGCGCAAGAAUGGAAUUGGGACCCUGCUAUCACCAGUCAGGUGCGGUCAGCCUUUGAUUUGCAGGCUAGAAAACAAUACAAGAGCCACAUGACUGAGUGGAAGAAAAACUGGAGGCUGAAGAAGGGUAAACCCUUAGGUCUGAAUCUUGGUGUGUGGGAGGGGUUGCAAGUUUAUUGGCAGCUCGAUGCUACUGCAUCUAUUGCAGCUACCAAUAGUAGUAAUAGAAGAAGCCAGCGUGGUGGAAAAGGUCAAGCAAUACAUAAUGGUGGUGCUAAGACAAUAGAGGAACGUGAGAUAGAAAUGACUGCUGAAAGGGGUGGUGUGCCACCAGAUUGGUUAGAAUUGAUGAGGGAUAUGCACACCAAUAAACAAACCGGUGAGGUGCAAGAUCCUGUUGCUAGAGAGAUGUUGGCUACUCUGACUAGGCUGAAGGAGGGGAAAGAAGCACAACUUCAGCAGUCUCAAUUGGGUGGCAACGAUGGGUCCACAGCUUCCAACGUACUGUCCCGUGAAGAGAUCAACCAAAUGGUUCUUGAGCAUGUUCCUGUAAAGAAAGGUCGUCGUUAUGGUCUCGGUCGUAUCUCGGAGGGGAUCUCAACCUCGUCAUCUCAGUCCUCUUUUGUCCAAGAUAUGGAGCGAAUGAAGGCAGAACUUGUUAAAGAGCAGGCAUUCCGAAAAGCUUUGGAGGAACAGCUUCGUAACGUCACCAAUUUCAUCUCCAAUCUUUACCCAUCUCAGUUCUCUGCAACACAAAGCCAAACCGACUCUGUGACUCAAAGCCCCGACGACCAUGUUUCUCAGUAAAAUUUAGUAUUUUAUCUGUCUAAAUUAAGGAUGUUUAAAUUAAAAAUUUUCAUAUGUAAAUUAAGGAUGUUUAUUAAAUUAAGGAUUUUCAAAUGUAAAUUAAGGAUGUUUAAAAUGUAGACAAUGACUAUGUAGAAUUUAGUAUUUUAUCUAUGGUCUUUUAAAAGGAA